CACAGCUCACAGCAACCUCCAACUCUUGGGCUUAGGCAAUUCUCCUGCCUCAGCCUCCCGAGCAGCUGGGACGCCAACUCAUUUCCUGUUCUCUCCAAACUAUCGUGUUUUUUCAACGAAGGUGAUAAUAAUACCAGUGGUGAGAUCUCACCUGCUCGAGCUCCUCCGGGAGUGCCUACAGCAAUUCUGUCACGUGCACAUGAUUUGCCAAAUAACCCUGGUAUGGUGAAUUACUCGGGUUUAAUGGAAAAUGAGAAUAUGAACCCACGUAUUAAUUCAUCUUUCUGCAUCCGUCCUAAUUCUGAUAUGCCAAAAAUAGAAACCAGCCUGGAAAACAAUGCUGAGGCAGUGAAUUACCCAACUUUUUUGGGAAAUGACAAUGACCACGGUUCUUCCUCUUCAUCUGUCUUACCCCCUACUAAUUUUGCAGUUGAAAAAUUUGUACUUAUAGAAAUGCCAGGAAAAGAAACCAACAUGGAAGGCAACUCUCAGACAAUGUAUUACCCAGCCCUGUUGGGAAAUAUACAAGGCCCAGAUACUGCCUCUUCACCUGUUUCCUCCACUUCUAGAUUUUUACUUGAAAAAGUUAUAAUCAUAGAAAAGCCAGAAAAAGCAGCAGAAACCAGAAUGGAAAGCAACAGUGGAACAGUGAAUUCCUCAAUAUUGGACAAUGCCAGUGGCCAACAUGCCACCUCUCCAUCUAUCUCCAUUCCUCCUAGUUUUGUUUUUCUGGAUAAAGAAUUUACAAUUGAGAGCUUUUCUUUCUGGAUUUUACUUACAAAAAUAUUGAUAAAAGUAGAAACCAGCAUGGAAAACAGCUCUGACACAAUGUAUCUCCCAACUUUAUGGGAAAAUGACAGUGGCCAAGAUUCUUUCUCAUUAUCUAUCUGUAUCCCUCUCAAUUAUACCUAUCUUGGUGAUCCAAGAAGAAAAGUCAAGAUACUUCAAGCUCAUUUGGUGGCUGCACAAAAGAAGGCCAGACCUGAGCAUGCGGCCUGCUAUUUGGUUCGCAUUUUGUUUUCCAAGGAAGUCCUGAUCAACAGCUCUGUGGGUGGCAAUGUACAAGGCCGUCAACCUCUAGACCCAAACAAAUUGGCUGCAAUAAGAGAAUAUCUGACAACAGUUUUUCGCACCUAUGAUUUGAGGGAAUAUGGAAGAGACUGGAAAACCUGUCUUUUUAAUAUCAGUUCUCUGAUCCGCUAUUUACAUUAUAAAUCCAGAAGAGCAUCAGACUUUGUUUAUAGAUCCAGUUUUGUGUUUCAGCAGAACAAUGUUGGCCGAUACAAAAGCCCUACCAGCUCUGAUGCAGCAGCAGCAGCGGCAUCUGCGGGUCAGGGUGAUGAAAGUGGUGGUAGCGUGGAAGGCAGUUCUCAGUUAGUUCCGCAGGCAAGCGCCCCGAGCACACACGAAAGUGGGGAUCCUCAGCAAUGCCCUGAUGCUGCCCCCGAAGAAAUGAAUCAGCCUUCUACUGACAACUCCUUGAUACCUUAUGAAGCACUGGACUAUUUGGGAAAUCCACGCAGAAAUAUACAGAUGCCGCAUUUAAUACUGGAUGUAGCCAAAGGGAAGUCUUGCCCAGAGCUGGCAGCGAGACACCUUAUUCGCAACCUGUUCACUGAAGACAUCCUCAUCAGAAGCACCGUCUAUGGCGAUCUGGCUCAUGGCAUGAGUGCCCUUAACUCCAACAGGAUUAACGCUCUGCGAGAGUUUCUCCAAGACAACUACCCGUCUGGUGAUUUCUCGGAAGCUGGAUAUGAUUGGAGAAUGUGUGUGUCAUCUAUCAACAGCUAUAUCUGUAUCCUCAGAAGUGGCCUCUGGAAGUCCGUGGGCAAAUCACAGCCGCAUGCCGCAGCUAGCUCAUCAGGGUCAGAGCCAAAGAGAUAA